AAGAAAUCUGGAGUAUUACUGAAGAUGGCCCAGGCCCAUCCUCCCAUUCGGCCAGCACUACAACCGACUAACUCCGUCGCCGUCCCCCAAAAUCCCCUUCCUCUUUUCUAGGUCUUUCCUUCUUCCCUCUAAUCCCCAUAGCCUAGAUGCCUAGCUCUCGAUCCUUCGCCUGCUAGUUUAAACCAGCCCAAACCCCAAACCGGAUCAAGCUGCAGCUCCAAUUUCAGAUCGCGGUGGACCUGAGGUCGACUGGCCGUAGCCCAUGGCGCCGUCCGCCGCCGUGGACUAGUGUAGCAAGACUGUUGGCCAUCCUUUUGUGUUGCGCCACGCUCCGCCACUGGCUGUAGGUGAGGUGAUGGCACGGACGAUGGGCCCUUCCGGCAAACGGCCCGCUGGCAACGCCGACAGGUUAAGUGAUCUCCCUGAUGGUCUCAUCCACUAUAUCAUGUCGUUCCUCACGGUCCGGGAGGCCGUGCAGACGUGCAUGCUGUCACGGCGCUGGGAGGACCUAUGGUGCUCCAUGCCUUUCAUCAGCAUCGAUGAGCAGGACUUCCGCCCCUCCGCAAUCGGACUGGGAUCAGAGUAUUUGGACGACGACUAUGAGGAUGAGUUUGAGGAUGACAUUGACUACACUAGGUUUGAGGAUUUCGUCACCAAUCUGCUCAUGUUUCACAGCGCACCAACAUUGGAUAGCUUCCGGUUCCAUGCUGUUUGCCAUGCCGUUUCUCAUCGUGAGAUCAAGUUUAUCAACUCAUGGCUAUGCCGUUGCAUCAAGCGAUGCCCCAAAGUGGUGGAGAUCCAUUCGACCGGCGAUUGUAAAUUACCACGUUUUGGUUCCGGUUCUUCACGCCUAAGCAGGCUGCAUCUUACAGGGAUUACUCUGGAUAGAACUUUUGCACGGCAACUUCCUUGUUCUAGCUACCCGGUCCUGGAGGAUUUGGAGCUCAAGCGCUGCAAGCUUGACGAUGAUGCAGAAAUUGCAUCUUGCACACUCAAGAAUUUAACCAUCGAGGAUUGUACAACUUCCAAUCCCAGUGCGUUGACUAUCAAAGCUCCGUCUCUUACUUACUUGCAGCUGUUCAUUACUGCUUUUGGUCAGAACUGGCAUGCUGUUACAGUAGAUGAGAUGCCGUUCCUCGUCAAAGCCACCAUUCGCUUGAAACACUCCACAGCGAUACUGCCUUGCAAGCUUCUCUACAGCCUAAUUUAUGUCAGAGAUUUAGAACUGACUGGUCUUCGAACGCUGGAUAAUUUACACAUUGGAUCGGGUACUUUCCCAGUGUUCCAUAAUUUGAGAAGCUUACUGCUCGACAAAUGUGAUCUGAGUGACAACUGUGAUAUACUGGGAAGCUUUCUGAACAAUGCCCCUUGUUUAGAGAAGCUUACUCUGCAACUAUGCGAGCUUCCAGAAGGUUCCAACAAAAGCAAAGGAGGAGGAAAUAUGGAGAAGACAUCUCUAGAAUAUCAGGACACUGCAUCUUUCCAGUGCCCAAGCCUGAAGUGGACUGAAAUCAAAUACCGAGACGACGACGAUGUUCAGAAAUUGUUUAAUCUUAUACUUGGCGUUUGGAGGAACCUGCAGAAGACUGGUAUUGAGAUUAAGAAGGCUUCAAGAAGUUACUCUAUGCUGUGAUGUUUGCUGCUUUUAUGUUCUACUGAAAUGUAGCAUACCCUCUGCCAUUUACAUUGUACUUAUAUGUAUUGUGCUUUUGAUGGCAGGGGCCAACUAAACGAGCAUGUACUGUUGGUUAAUUUCUGGAUUUUCUUAUGUUGU